AUGGCAGCCUCACGAGAUGCAUUGGCUUAUCAUGAGCCAGGGAUCCAAACAAUUCUGAUCCAAAGUAGCUUUCUGCUUGCCCUCAACUGGGUGAACACCCUACUUGAUAAACUGAUAUACUGCGGGCUUAUUGGGCAGCUUCUCAUUGGGAUGGCAUGGGGAGUCCCUGGAGCCAACUGGCUAGAACUGGACGUUCAGAAGACCAUUCAGCAACUGGGAUAUCUCGGGUUGCUUCUCUUGGUAUACGAGGGCGGACUUUCAACAUCAUUCUCCCAAUUGAAAUCAAACUUUGUUCUGUCCUCCGUGGUGGCGAUCACCGGGGCAAGUGUGCCUAUGGCUUUAUCCUUCGUCCUGAUGCGCCUGGUAUCAGCGACCCCUCUUCAAGCAUUUGCCGCCGGUGCAUCCCUCUGCUCAACCAGUAUCGGAACGACAUUCACCAUCCUGUCCACGACGGGAUUGGCAAAGACCCGAUUGGGCGUUGUCCUCGGCAGCGCAGCGAUGAUGGACGAUGUCGCGGGGUUGGUGAUGGUCCAAAUCAUCUCGAAUCUGGGUGGUGCGAGUCAGCAAUCGUCCUUCGACCCGGUGGUCGUGAUCAGACCCAUCCUUGUUGCCUUUGGGUUUGCUUUGGGGCUUCUUCUCAUUUGUCGGUUUGUCGUUGCGGUGGUCGUGCGCACACUCCAGACGCACGAGAUUAGGUCCCCUGCUUGGAUGAGGUCACUGAAUGGCGCAUUCGUUGGCCAUAUGCUCUAUCUCAUUGGCCUGGUCACCGGCGCACAGUACGCCGGCACAUCGGGACUUUUUGCUGCAUACUUGGCUGGGGCUAGUAUUUCCUGGCUUGAUGAGAUGUUGGCCACUAAUGAAAAGCAGCCAAAGACCGAAAUUCCAGCCAAUGACCAGCGUGAACAUCGACCAGAGAGCAUUGAAAUGCAAACUCGGCUGACUCGUGACGCAAGUAAUACACAGAGAAGCCACAGAGAAGCUGAAUCCACUGAAACACCCGCUCCUACGGAAAGGACUAUGCAUUUCGAGCGACCAACUGGAGAACUAACGUUCGAAACUUUCUGCAAAGAGCCCCUCAAGCGGAUUCUGAGCCCACUCUUUUUUGCUUCUAUAGGUUUCUCCAUCCCAAUUACGAAAAUAUUUGAAGCGAAGGUUAUCUGGCGCGGCGUAGUUUACACUCUUCUCAUGGCUUUUGGCAAGCUAGUGACAGGAUUCUGGCUGAUCCGGUUGACUGUACCUCGUUCACACCCGUUGACCAAGGCGAAGCAGGUGCUGCUCGGAGUUGCCACUGUGAGCGCGGUCAAGUCAUGCAAGACCCGAUCUCAGCCGGACAGUGACUCCUCACGUGCCUCACCCCAAGGACAGGCACAAAGCGAUGGUCCAAGGAGAGAAGAAAGCCAACCCACUCCUGGAUUAAACUCGCGGAAGGAGGACGCUCAACUCCCGGCGGCAGCAGCGGGAACUGACUCGACACAAGAAGGGACCUGUCCUGUGGUACGAAUCAGCGGCCCGCAGCUUCCUCCCAAGCCCCGCUCGUUGUAUCCAGCGUCGAUUCUGGGUUUGGCUAUGGUGGCACGAGGCGAGAUUGGUUACCUCAUCGCGUCGCUGGCCGAGACAGAUAGGAUCUUCUCCCCUCAUUCGUCCCCAUCUCCCGUAACCAGUAGCCAAGAGGUAGCCUCUGAGAUCUAUCUGGUGGUCAUCUGGGCAAUCACCCUCUGCACUUUCAUUGGCCCCCUUUGUGUCGGGCCUCUAGUGAAGAGGGUGAAAACCCUUCAGAGGCUUCGAACACGUUCUGGCGGCGAAGACCCUCUAGGCACGUGGGGCGUGUCUUGA